AUGUUUACAUUGUUUUAAUCAAAGUCGCAUACUACGUGCAAGUUAUUUGCUACAUCACUCGCCACGCUACACGCCACGUUAUAGAAAGUCUUGCGGUAAAUCAAUAAGAUACAACACUGCCAUUAAAUUUCCAAAUCGACACAAGUACUAUUAGGUAUUGAAUAGUUUCAAAAGAUUGAUCAAAUAAUUGAUUAUUUUCAAUCCAAGAAUAUCGUUUGAAAAUUUAAAAUGUAUUCCAAACAUUUCAUACCGUUUUUCUGCGUGGCAUUAUACUUUUUGCAAUGUCAGGGUGCUCUUCCAAAUUUUGAACAACUUGAUGCUAUAAAUGAAAUAAUCAGGGAUUAUUUAUAUCCUGAGGGCAUAGUCGAUGAAGAAAAUCGGACCACUAACUUGAUAGGUCUAAGAGAUAUCAUUGAAAAGGUAGGACGGCGAAUCGGAGGAAACAAAGAAAUUCCCACUGUUGAUGAAUUGAAAACCAUAGGAUCAAGAUUUACAUACACAUUGUGGGAAGUUAAAAGAUACGUUGCAAAAUUCGUAGAUUGUGAAGAAUUAACCAAGGAAAUGGAGCCAAAGGUACGUUCUCUGUUCGAAUCGUUCAACCGGCCAAAUGGCAUAUACUUUCAAGAAUUAGAUAAUCUACUAACACGAUUAUGGACGGCUUAUCGGAAUCCGGAUGGCAAAUAUCCAUAUCAUAAGGAACCGAAAACAGCAAUACCGUACAAAAUGGCCAGAUCGGAAUACAAGUUUACCAGGGACGAAGUUACAACCAUCGUCACUGAUUUUUUCUUUCCUGGAUUUUUUUGAUAUAUUUAUUAUUUUUUAAUUAUAUAUGUUUAAACAUGUAGUUUGUCACAUAAAAAUGAUGUUUUGAUGAAAUAAUAAAUCACUUUGCUCUUAUA